AUGCGCCUUCUGUCCGCAAGGCGCUCCGCAACAGGGAAUCUCAACAUCGAACUCGAAGAAUUUCCCGAUGUACCAUCUGAGCAGUACGCCAUCCUCUCACACACAUGGGAGAGGGAGGAGGUCAGCCUCAAUGAUUUAAACUCUGGCCUUGCUGAGAAUAAACAAGGUUUUCAGAAGAUAAAAAACUGCUGUGCCAAAGCAUUAGAUGAUGGAUUCAGAUACACCUGGAUCGACACCUGCUGUAUCGAUAAAACUAGCAGCGCUGAGCUAUCCGAGGCGAUUAACUCAAUGUAUCGAUGGUAUCAGGAAUCUAGUAUAUGCUAUGUAUAUCUUGCCGAUGUUCAGUCGCGAUGUGACAUAUCGAGUAGUCGGUGGUUUACAAGAGGAUGGACGCUUCAGGAAUUGAUUGCCCCACCAAGAAUGAUAUUCCUGAAUAAAGAUUGGAAAGAGUUUGGGACCAAAAGGAAUAUGCAUGGUCUCCUAUCCCAGAUCACUGGCAUUCCAAGUGACAUUCUCACAGGCACUAAGGACCUUGAAAGUAUCAGCAUUGCGCAAAGAAUGUCAUGGGCUGCACGACGGGUUACAACCAGAGUUGAAGACCAAGCAUACUCUCUUUUGGGGAUUUUUGGUAUUAACAUGCCUUUAAUUUACGGAGAAGAAAAGAGAUCCUUUAUUCGCCUUCAAGAGGAGAUCUUGAGAGUGAAUGACGACCAGAGCAUUUUUGCUUGGAAAUCUCCUGAAGAGUACCGCGGCGGGCUAUUUGCAAGCUCCCCGCGUGCGUUCAAGGACUCAGCCAGCAUUGUCCCACACAACGCUUUUACCACCUUGGACAAGCCAGUUACACAAAGCAAUAAAGGGGUUCACUUGGAGCUUCGUCUAAUUGGCAAGGCACCGGGACUGGCCCUAGCUAUCCUUAACUGUAUCGACCGUGCGAACAGCAAUCUUCCGAUUGCGAUUUACCUCAGAGACUUGUUCAUGACCAUGGAGCGGUUUGAAAGGGUCAGGUGCACAGAACUUGCCUAUGUGGAUCUACGGGGAUACAAAUUCUCACAAUAUCCAAUGAGAAUGAUUUGUGUCAAGCAACGCCGGCAGGCAGAUCUAAAGCAAAAGACUGUGUCAGAUGUUGAACCCGACUUCUCUGAUAUGAGGCCACUAGAUGGCAUACUGGAUAGCCUGCCUGAUGUCAAGAUGAAUUCGAUGGAUAAGAAUCGAGAAAUACUUGGUUCACUCACAGAAAGAGGAGAUUUUGAUGCGGUAUGGCUGCUGCUGACUUGGAGUGAUUUUGAUCCAGAGCGAAAGGACUCUCAAGGGAAAUCACUGUUAUCACAAGCAGCAAAACAUGGCCACGUUCCCAUAGUGAAACUUUUACUAGCUCGAGGCAACGUUGAGUUUGAUUCCUGUGACCAAGAAAAUCGAACCCCUCUUUCCUUUGCUGCAUCAGCUGGCCAUGUCUCUGUCAUCCAGAUACUACUAGAGACCAAUAAAGUGAGAAUUGACUCAAGAGAUAAUCAAGGCCUAACUCCUCUGGCCUGGGCAGCCAAAAACGGCCAUGAGAAAGCAGUCCAAUCACUACUUGAAAAUGGUGCCUACAUUGAGUCAGAAGAUGAUUGGGGAUGGACACCGUUGCUCUGUGCAGCCUGGUACGGGAGGUCAACGGUAGUCAGUUGCCUCUUAGCGGAAGGCGCUGAUUCAGAAGCAAGAGACAACAAUUGUGGCUGGACCCCAUUGUUGUGUGGGGCCGUGAAUGGUCACGAUGAUGUGGUGCAACAGCUUUUGGCCAAGAAUGUCAAUCUUGCGGCGGAAGAUAAGGACUAUGGCUGGACAUCACUGUCUUGGGCAGCUGUAAAUGGUCAUUAUGAAGUGGUACGGCAGUUGCUCGCAAAGGGUGCGAACAUUAACACAAAGGACUCUCAUCUGGGCCGUACACCAUUGUCCUUGGCGGCGGGAAAUGGCCAUGACAAGAUCGUACAACUUCUAGUAAGCAAGGACGCUGAUAUUGAGUCCAAGGAUUGUUAUUCUGGCCGGACACCACUUGCAUGGGCAGCUGGGAAUGGUCAUCAAGCCGUAGUACAGCGGCUAAUGGUGGCAGGUGCCGAUACACAGUCUAAAGAUGAUCAAUAUCACCGGACACCGGCACAAUGGGCCGCUUGCAACGGUCAUGAGGCGGUGGCACGGCUAUUCCCUCCUGCUCCCGUUCCAAAGCCUGAAGAAUAG